UAUCGCCUUCCUUACAUCUUGCAUCCAGCGUGAGCGUCGCGGAGUUGGUUCUUCUUCCAUAUUCACUUUGUUCCCUCCCUUACUCCUUACUUCUUCACUCGAUCCUGCUGGCUUAGAUCCGUUCUUCCCAGGACACAGCUUUCACUUUCAGUCUACUUCACUUCUCUCGAUCCCCAGUUGUUUUUCCUGUUUCGUUUACGUCCUGAAUUAAUACCGGCGCCAUGUCGACCUCUGCUGUGUUCAACGGAGAUGAGGUCGCCCCCUUCUUCGGCUUCAUUGGAGCUGCAGCUGCUCUCGUCUUUUCAUGCAUGGGCGCUGCUUAUGGGACAGCCAAGAGUGGAGUGGGAGUGGCAUCCAUGGGUGUGAUGCGGCCCGAGCUGGUGAUGAAGUCGAUCGUGCCUGUGGUCAUGGCUGGAGUGUUGGGUAUCUACGGGCUGAUUAUCGCCGUGAUUAUCAGUACCGGAAUCAACCCAAAGUCGAAGCCCUACUACGUGUUCGACGGCUACGCGCACCUUUCAUCUGGAUUGUCGUGUGGGUUGGCUGGUCUAUCGGCAGGCAUGGCCAUUGGUAUCGUCGGAGAUGCUGGUGUUAGGGCCAAUGCGCAACAGCCCAAGCUGUUUGUAGGAAUGAUCCUGAUUCUGAUUUUCGCCGAGGCGCUGGCUUUAUACGGACUUAUCGUGGGUAUCAUUCUGUCUUCCCGAGCUGGCCAAUCACGAGCUGACUAAGAUGGCACCAGUAUGAGCAUGCUUUUCUGUUUGUAAGAUGGAUAUGAGUAGUAUAAGAGACCCCUCUGAGUAGAGGCAGGCAAAAGUGGGUAGAGGAUUCCCAACAUCUACUGCUUUCAAUACAUCACAAUGCUUGAUUGUGGAGAACAGUUGAGCGUCAUAGUUUCAAAUACUGAGAUCAAGAUAAGUAGUGAAACACACGCUGCGAUUGGUGGAAACGCUGUCCAAUGUCAUUGCCGUUGAAUUUUAAAGCUGCAGCAAAGACGGAGCGAAUCACGUUUUCAGAACACA